CGCAAAGCCACUCGUAGGUGGCGGCAGCAAAGAGAAAGCGUUCCUGCGCGCGCAUGCGCGGCCCGCCAUCUUGCGGCGACGGAGCCGCUUCCGGGAGCAAAGGUGGGAAGGAGGCUCCCGCGCCAAAUACGAAUUCAAGGCUGGAGUGAUAGAGUUUGUGGAGCGGGACGUGGUGCUGCCGUGGCCUGUACAGUCUUUACAGCUGAUGCCCUCAUGUUGGCAAGAAGGAAUUCAGAACAAUGGGAGUGACUAAUCUAUGGCAGAUCCUGGAGCCUGUGAAAGAAUACGUUCAUCUGAGCACUCUCAGGGGAAAAACCCUUGCUGUUGAUCUAAGCGUAUGGGUGUGUGAAGCACAGUCUGUUAAAAAGAUGAUUGGACUAGUCAGGAAGCCUCAUCUUAGAAAUCUAUUUUUUCGACUCUCUUUUUUAACCUCAAUGGAAAUCAAACUAGUGUUUGUGAUGGAAGGGGAUGCCCCAAAACUGAAAGCAGACACAAUGAGUAAGAGGAAUGAGCUCCGCUAUGGGUCUUCAAAAAAACCUAGGUCUACAAAAACAGGGAGAUCCUAUUUUAAAUCAGUUUUAAAAGAGUGCCUUGAAAUGUUGGAGUGUUUAGGAUUACCUUGGGUUCAAGCAGCUGGUGAAGCAGAAGCAAUGUGUGCUUACCUGAAUGCAAAUGGAUAUGUGGAUGGCUGUAUCACCAGUGAUGGAGAUGUUUUCUUGUAUGGAGCUCAAACGGUUUAUAGGAAUUUCACCAUGAAUGCAAAGGACCCACAUGUUGACUGCUACACAAUGUCCUCUGUUAAGGAGAAGCUAGGAUGUGACAGAGAGUCCCUGAUUGGGCUAGCUAUUCUUCUCGGUUGUGACUAUCUUCCUAAGGGAGUGCCGGGAGUUGGAAAAGAACAAGCUUUAAAGUUAAUUGAGACUUUACAAGGUCAAAGUCUACUACAAAGGUUUGAUCAAUGGAAAGGACAGCUUCAAUGUGGUAAUACACCUGCUCUAAGUGUUAACAAGAUGACUCAUUGUUCUGUUUGUCAUCAUCCAGGUUCUUGUAAGGAUCAUAAGCUCAGUGGAUGUAAACUGUGUGGAAGUGUUAAAUACUGUGAAUCUCAUGACUACCAGUACUGCUGCCCUUGUGAAUGGCAUUGUUCAGAGCGAGAAAAACAGACAAAUGCAGUAGAGGACAAUAUUAGAAAAAAAGCUAGAGGUUGUGAGGGCUUUCCAUUUUCUGAGGUUAUCCAAGAAUUUCUUGUAAACAAAAACAAACUGGUCAGGAUACUGGAGUGCCAGAGGCCAAAUUUAUUGUCCUUUCAGAGAUUUGCUUUUGAGAAGAUGGAAUGGACCAAACAUUAUGCUUGCCAGAAAAUGUUGUCACUGUUGACUCACUAUGACAUGAUCAAAAGAAAAUCGGGCCAGAUAGAUACAGAGCAACUGCAAGCAAUACGGAUAAGCAGGACUCGUGUUAAAAAUGGAAUUCCUUGUUUUGAAAUUGAAUGGCAAAAGCCAGAGCAUUAUGUUACAGCAGAUGAUCAGUCCACAGAGUCCUUUGUGGUUACAGUAGAGGAAGAAUCAUUGUUUCAGGCUGCCUAUCCUGACAUUGUUGGCUUCUAUAAGUUGGAAAUUUUGGAGAAGAAACAGAGAAGUAAGAAAAAUAAACCAAAAGAAAAAGAAUAUUCAGAUAUCAACAGUGAAGUUGCUGAUCUCCUGUCUCUGAUGAAUUUGCAAUCUACCUGCGAAAGCUUUCCUGAACAGGAUUCCAAGUCUGAUUUUAAAACUCUCCCUGAUAGUCAAAUGAAACAAAAAAAUAUUUCCAAAUCUAAUGAUUCACUUUUAGCUGCAGAUUUGUCCACUGUAAUUGUUCAAUUACAAAACCCAGCACCUACCCUUCCACUACCUGCUUCAAUCAGUACUCAAUAUCAGAGUGUUUUAGAUGACUCUCAUAUUUCAUCAGCACAAUUUACUGAACUCUCUGAGGCAUCAUCUUCCUAUACUUCCUCUAUGAUAGCUGAUCUACAAUUGAGUGGUAUUGACUGGGAAGGAACCUCUUUCAGCAUUGUACCAGAACAUGUUGAUUCUGCCUGUUGUUCAGUGUCUAAACAUGGUACAUCUAAUAGUGGUGUAAGCCAACCAUGUACGCUUCAGCACAAAACAAGGGAAAAUUCAAACUAUUCUGGUGCUACACAGUCUGAUGAAGAUCCUUGCAGUAGUGCAGAGUAUUUGGUUUCAAACUCUACUGACCUCGUAGGACAGUUUCAGAAGUUGCCUUUAAGAGAACGGAUCCUUCUGAAGACAUCCGUGCAUAAAGAUACUUCACUGUCUCUAAAUGUAGUGCAAAUGAAACCUUUACAGUUGUUGAAACAAAUGAAAAAAACAUCAAUUCCUGGGACUGUUUCCAUUUAUCCUUCAGUUCAAUUAAGUGACAACCCAAAGGAAAUCAAAAUGUUAUCAGAAAAUUAUUUGAAGGACUGUAGUGUACAAAAUUAUGAGGAACUAUACCAAAAACCUGGAAACCUGUUACAAAUGGAGCAAAAACACCCCAAACAAAGCUGUUCAAACUCUGUGGAUUUGAGCAGUGAAGCAGAAGAGCCUUUGCACUCUGAAGGUGAAUCACGGACAUUAGCAAAGAUCACAGAUGACUGUCAAGUUAGAAAAUUCUGUAGUCAAGUUUCUUGGAAAACUUCCAUUAAAAAGAGUGUGUGCUAUGAGAGACAUUCUUCUAGUGAGGACAGUGAUGAUGGGUAUGUGAAGGAUAAAAAUCCGACAUAUAGAAUUAGACAGCAGGGGCAACCAAAUCCAGCUCAGAUGAAAGACAACGCUACCAAGGAGAAGAGUAACAAAGGAUCAAAUCUUUCAAUUAAAUGGAAAGAGAGAGCCGCAAAUUUAAAAAUAACUAGCAAUUAUUUGUCAACAGAAAUAUCUCCAAAACAUACCGCUGUAGUAGAAGCUAAUAGUUUUCUAAACCCAGUAAUAUCUUUUAAAGGAUUAGAUUCCUGUUCUUCUCUGCAGCAAAGCAAAAAUGAUGACUGUGAUGUGAGGGGAGAUAGUCCCCUGCCUCUGUCUGAAAGGCUCAAACUAAAGUCAAAAGCAAUUAGGAGUUCAUUACAAAUACAUUAAUAUAUAUAUUUUCUAAAAAUACAGAUGUCUAUAAAAUACAUUAUUAUAUAAACAUUUCACUUAGCGUCAUUAGUUUCUACAUAGUUCCUCUCCUCAGUUUUAUAACAUUGGUAUAUGCAAACCCAAGAGACACUGUUGCUAAAUUGACAUAAUCGUAGUUAAUAAAAAGCAUUGUGAAUCUUGCUUACUUGGUACUGAAAUUUGAAAUGUAAACAUUGUCAAAAUUAUGCAGUCCUUGGAGUGCCUCUGACAUGCACUGAAAUCCAUUUAUAAUUGUAUAGUGUUUUCUUAACGCAAGUACCAUAGUCAGGAAUAUAACAUACCACAUUGAUAUUGUAUUCCAGAAAAAGAUAUAUUUUUUUAACAAAGCACUAGCAUUUUGGAUUAUUAAGAUGGACUUCAUAAUAUAGUUACAAUGUGCUAUGCUGCUUUCAGAUGUUCUCAGGAAGACAAACUGAUUCAGCUUUGUAUAAUUGAAAUUUCCCAUUGUGUUUGAGUGUUAACUUAAAUAGGCUUACAAAUAUUAGGUUGCCAGUGGUGUUGGUCAUAUAUUUUAAAUAAAUGACCAGCUAAAUUCAGGAGAUGAGGUUGUCUAGUGUAGUUAGGUUGAUUUUUUUUGACAUGGCCUAUAAUAAACUACUAGAACUCAUGCAUGGUCCAGAAAAGGGCAUUAGUAACCACUUAAGUUAGUGCCAAUUGAAUGAACUCAAAGUGAGCAUUUUAGGCUUAUUUUAUUCCUGUAAUUGUUGUCUCUAAACUUUUAUAUAAAUAUAAUUAUGUUCAAUUAAUACUUGUAGCUGGUGGAAUUUUUUUGCUACAGAACCCAAACAAUGAGAUCUCUGCAAGAUUUGUCGUUUUUUUGGGCGAUUGCAGAGAAGAGGUUAAUUUUGCUGUUGCAACUUCAUUUAUAAGUAUCAUGUAUCAUUGUUUGUAUUGAAAUUAGACUUUUAAAAAAGGCAACACAAUAGUUCCCACCCAUUAAUGCAGAGUCCCAGUUCACUGGGACUACAUAUUCCAGAAUGCAUAUGUCUUUCCUCAGAUCACCACUAAGUUCCUCAAUAGUUGUUGGUCAGCAGUUCUCAAGCUGGAAGCUGAGACCCCUCAACAUGAGCUGACAGACCUAAGCCCCUUUUAAAUUAAAUUAAAUGUUUAAUGUCAAAGUUGGAGGGUCCUACUCAAGACUUUAUUUGUGAAGAAGGUCACCUAUAUCACCAAAACAAGAAGUUUGGGAAUCACUGCUGUAGGUGAAAUGAUGCAUGACUUCAUUGUAGCUAGCAGCCAAUGAAGAAGGCUUUUUGAUCAAGAAGCAGUAAUGUUCAGUAUAUGGAAUAUGUACAAAUUAGUGAAAAGGGCAACCUAUAAUCUCAAUUAAUCAUUCCCCUUCCCUCUUGCUAAGCAGCUCCCUUCAGCAUGUUUCCCAGUAAAGAGAAGAAAUGGCUCCUUUAAGGUAACUUCCCAGUAGUUCCUCUUCUGUAAAAUGGGACAAAUAGUAUUUCCUUACCUUACAAGGGUUUGUGAAGAUAAACUAAUUGGUGUGGGAUGUUUAGAUAUUACAGUAAUGGAGGUGAUAAAUACAUAAAAUAGAACAGAAAAGAUAAACAUUGAAAUAGAAAACUUAAGAUCGGUACCUUUUUAGGAGAGUCAAACAAAGUUUGAUUAAAACUCCCGAUGAUGAUAGCAGUUAUGCAGUUACAAUUAAUGAAUGAAGCAAAAGAAUCAUUAACCAACAUAUGAAAAGGUGAUAAUAAAAAUCAUGAAAUGCUUCAUAAUUACUUACUAGAAAAGGUGAGUAGGAAUCAAUGGUUGACUAGAACAGAGCUACUUCAUUUUGAGAGACCAAUGUUGUAGGUAGCUACCAAUUUCUUUGUGUGGUUUUUGUCUUUUUUACUUGGUCAUGAUUUUAUCUUUUGAAAUUAUUUUUUUCUAAAACUGCCCAUUGUUUUCAGAGACAGUGUUGGAAAAAGAACUGUACUUUAUCUAACUAGAAAAACAAAACUGCAGUGCUUACUGUUUUGCUCUGAUGGAAUAAGAUUUGGAAUUUUUUAGCAUUUAAAACAAGUGUGUCUUCCAUUUUGUGAUCGUUUUUCUAUUUUUUCCAUCUUGAAAUAUCAGGCCGGAUUAUUAUUAGACAUUAGAGGUUUUCUCAGAAAAGAUUCCACUUUAGUCACAAAUUUUACUUGUCUUAUGUAACUGAAUAGAUGGAUGAUACCUCUAGGUUGGCUAUUAGGAAAAUCUUAGUCACUGUGAGGGUGGUGAAGCAUUGCAAUGGGUUGUCUAGAGAGGUGGUAGAAUCUUCAUCUAGGGAUGUAAAGGGUUAAUUGGUUAACCGAUAAGCAUUCCCCUUACUAGCAUGCUUAACAGGAUAACUGGCUAACCAGCAGCCCCCAGCCUGUGGCAUGGUGCGGCAGGUCCUACCCAGCCUGGCCUUAGCAGCCCGGUUAAUUUUUUUUAAAUGGGAUUUUACAUCCCACCUCCAUCCUUAGAGGUUUUUAAAACCAGGCUUGACAAGUCCCUGGCUGGAAUGAUUUGGUUGGGGUUGGUUCUGCUUUGAGCAGGGGAUUAGACUAGAUGACUUCCUGAGGUCUCUUCCAGCUCUAACCUAUGAGUCUAUGAUACAUUGUAAGUAUUGUCAGAAUUAUUAAACCUACUCUUCCUUGGAUGCUGGAGGUCAGAUAUGAAAAGUAUAUCUGUUAAAGAUUCCAGCAUUGCUAGGAAUCAGUAUGUUCUUAGAAUCCCUGUAAGAACCACAUUCAGUCCUACAAUUCAGGUCCAGGUAUGUGUAACAGGAAAUAGAUAAUUUUUAAAGCCGGACUCUUCUCUACUUUUCACAAGGUUUGCACCUGCGUAACUCCAGUAUUAGGGCAUCUUUGGUGAAAACAUAGACCAUUGUGAGAGGAAAAUAGUUCUAUGAUAGUUUAGCUCAUCACUGCUAUGAGUUGGCACAGAUCAUAUAUUCUUGUGCUGGUGCAUAUCUUAAGUAAAGCUUACUGCAUCUUUCCAAUGAAGAGACUCACCUAUUUUAGAAAUGUUACUUUUCUGUUUUGUCAUCUUGUGCUUUAAAUAUGCUGUAUCUAAUUAGGAGACUUGGGACAGUAAAUCUUUUGUCUCAUUGAAUAAUGAUUUGGUAGUGCUAGAUUUUAAAGAUAUAUAGAUGUACAAAAAUGUUGUCACAUAAAAGUAUCUAAUUGUACCUGUUGUGUUUAAGACCACCAUACGUGUUUACCUGUAUUGUGCUAGUUUUUUUCAAAAAGUUCAUUACCUACAAAGUGUUGUGGAUAAAAGCAAUUAAGAGUUUGAAAAUGUAAUUGAUUAUAUAUUGCUAAAUAUAAUCUGUGGCAAAACAGUCUCUUCAUGAUUUGAACUUAAUGUGGCUCCUUUUUCUAGAUUUUUUUUAUUUUUGUGGAAAAUGUGUUAAAGUAGCGAAGAGACGUUUACACUCUUUUCUGUACAGUGCAACUUCCAAGAGGGGAGAAAGUCAGAGGGUUAUACAGCUGUAUUUAAUAAUUUAUGCUACAGCGUUGUUCCCAUGUUUGUACUUGCUCACUCUCUGGCUCAGCGAUUCUCUUUAUUUAUCCAUAGUGGUAUUGCUUCAACAAGAAGAACUGAGGUAGUCCCACAUAGAAUAAUACCCAUUAGCUAGACUUGGCAGAAACUGAUUUUUGUAAAUAAAUUUGAAAGAUAAUGUUGA